AUGACUUCCAGCUGCGGAGCCGCUUGCAACAAGCCAGAUGAUAGUCACAUGGUUCAAUGCGACGUUUGCGACCUGUGGUGGCAUUAUGCGUGCGUCGGAGUUGGUGACAGCAUCGCAGACAAGGAUUUCGUCUGCCCCAAGUGCAUCAAAUCGAAGGAAGCGCCGGUACCACCGAUUGAGGAUAACAUUUCCAUUUCGACGGUGGAUUCGUGCAAGCGAAGAGCGCAACUUAAACUCCAAAAGUUGGAGCAAAUGAAAGCUCUUCAAGAACGCGAGCUCGAACAGGAGCAGCGCGAUCAGGAAAGGCUACUCGAGAUGCAGAAACUCGAGAAGGCGGCGGAAAUCAAUAGAAAGAAGCUGGCUUUGGAAAAAAUAUACCUGGAUGAGAAGUUUAAAACGUUGGAGGAAGAAGCUGGCGACGAGGACGACCGACAAAGCAGAAGAUCAAAUAAAAGUCUCAACAGUAGAACGCUUCGAUGGAAAAUGGACCGACUUCUGGGAAAAACUACGGACACAACGACCGUGUUUAUUGCCCCGGAAACAGCGUCUACCCCGGUGUCUGCAGCAACGACUGAUACAAGAUCUGGCGUCGUCGGAUAUAAUCCCAGUGAUCUAGUUUCCGCUAUUCCGAAACUUAGUAUAGAGCCUUCUACAAGCUCCACCCCCACCACUUUCCCUGCACAUACAGGUACGUCACAUAUUUCUUUACCUGACCGACAGGUGAUAGUCCCUCGCGGUUUGCAAACUACUGUUGAAGCGAAUCGAAAUACGGCAAAUACUCUUGUUUUGGAUACUAUUAGUAAACCUUUGGUAUCCACGGGCGCGAUUCCGGAAAUAACAGAACGUUUUCCACCAUCUUUGAGCAAAUUUCCGGAAGUAGGACCGAUGCACAACUCGAUUCAUAAUAGUUUACCGGGUGAGGGAAGUUAUUCGACCACACAGACAACAGUUCCAAAUUCGGGCUUUGCGAUUGGCACUUCUUUCUGUUCAGUGCCUCAACCGUCCUCGAUUCCGCUCUCAAGCUAUGGGCAAUUGCCCAGUAGAAUGUUGCCCUUUAUCGUCAAUCAGCAAAUGCAAGCUCGGGAGCCAACUACGUUUUCUGAACCAGUCAACCAGUUUAAUUCGGUUUAUCAUAAUUCUGUAUCAAAUCCCGUCACUGGUGCUGUGGUGUCAGGACAACCGAGUGAGCAGUGCGUGAAUUCUCAGCGUGGUACCUAUCCUACCCCGUCAUUCCCCCUACUGCCCGUGAAUCACUCUUCACCCUGGAAUGUGAACCAUCACAGUGCGUACAGUGCAAACCCGGAGUGCGUGAACCGAAAUGAAACAGUGUCGACUACCAAUUUGCAGCAGCAGUUCAGGGGCCUAUCGUCGGAACAAAUCGCAGCCCGGCAACUCAUGGGAAAGGAUUUACCGACAUUUUCCGGCAACCCUGAAGACUGGCCGUUAUUUUUCGGGAUCUAUAAUAACACCUCACAUGCUUGCGGUUAUUCGGACGUCGAAAAUUUAACCCGACUGCAACGAAGUCUACGUGGGGAGGCGUUGGAUGCGGUGCGAAGCAAGCUGCUGAUACCGUCUGCCGUACCGUUAAUCAUCGAGACGCUGAAGCAGAUGUACGGAAGGCCGGAAAUCAUGAUUUUUUCGUUGCUGAGGAAGGUGAAGGAUACUCCCGCUCCAAAGCCGGACAAAUUGGAAACGCUGAUAACGUUCGGCACAGUAGUUGGAAAUCUUUGCGAUCAUCUGGAAGCUGGACAACAAGAAGCGCACCUGAAUAAUCCGACGUUGCUGUUCGAGCUAAUUGCCAAAUUGCCCACCCAGAUGCAAAUGGAUUGGUCCAUGUUCAAGGAUCAGUUCGUGGAGGUCAACCUGCGAACCUUUGCCCGGUUCAUGUCGGUGCUAGUAAAAGCUGCUUCAGACGUCACCUUGCCCGCGCGUGUCAAGCCCGAUCAGAGAGGCGCUAAAGCUGGAAGGAGCUGUGAGCGGAAUUUCGUUCAUGCUCAUUCCGAAGUGCGACCAUAUUCGGAAGAGGCGCCAGUACCGCAACGAGAUCGCAAUUCGGAAGCCGUAGAUAGCAGAAACUGCAAGGUUUGUAAACAAGCCGAUCACAGGGUUCGAGAUUGCGAAGUUUUCAAGCGCAAGGACUUGGAGGAGCGAUGGAGGAUCGUAAAAGAGUUGCCGCUAUGUAGAACCUGCCUCUUUCAACACGGUCGGCGUCCCUGCAAGGAGAAGAAAGCGUGCGGUGUGCAGGGUUGCGAUUACAAACAUCAUCCACUACUGCAUAACCCAAAGAAAAAUCAGCCGAAUGUACCUGCUAGUGUGAACAGCCACCGAAACGAAAAUCCGAAAGCUUUGUUCCGGAUUCUGCCAGUAACCCUGCACAGCCGCGGACGCUCGAUCGACGUAUAUGCUUUCCUGGACGAUGGGUCGUCUAUCACGUUGAUGGAGAAUGGCAUAGCGGAACAACUGGGACUCGAAGGAAAAAGCGACGUUUUGUGUAUGUCUUGGACAGCGGACGUCACCCGAGAGGAGCCCAAUUCGAAAUGGGUAUCGCUGGAUGUUUCGGGACAAGGCAGCUCCAGGUGUUUCCCCCUAACGAAUAUCCGGACGGUGGAGAAACUUUCUUUGCCGGUCCAAUCACUCGAAUAUCGUCGAUUGUCGUCCCGUUUUCCUCAUUUGGCUGGUCUACCGAUAUGCGACUACGAAGAUGCUGUUCCCCGAAUUCUCAUUGGAAACGACAAUGCUCAUUUGUCGGUAUCCCUUCGGAAGCGCGAAGGCGAGCCUCAUUCUCCGAUUGCAACGAAAUCCCGCCUUGGAUGGUCCAUCCAUGGAUCUUGGUCGAAGCCUGGAGAAACUCUCGUCAACUACAGUUUCCAUAUUUGUGAAUGUUCUUCCCAGUUGAGUAGCCUGCACGAGAUAGUGAAGCAAUCGUUUGCCGUGGACAACUUAGGAAUCGCCGUGUGCCCGAGUCCAGAAUCCGACGAAGACAGAAGAGCGCGCCGAAUCCUGAUAGAGACCACCAAGCGAGUAGCUGGACGUUACGAGACAGGCCUUCUAUGGAAACACGAUUACUUUGAAUUCCCGGAUAACUUUGCGAUGGCGGUGAAACGUUUGUCUUGCUUAGAGCGACGCAUGGCAGCAGAUUCCAUAAUCGGCGAGAGUGUCAGGAAGCAGAUUGCGGAAUACCAGGAAAAAGGGUACCUGAUCAGAGCGACGAAGGCGGAGAUUGAAGCGGCGGAUCCUCGGCGGACGUGGUAUUUGCCACUGGGCGUUGUCGUCAAUCCCAAAAAGCCCGGUAAGGUGAGAAUCUUCUGCGACGCGGCAGCCAAGGUAGACGGCAUUUGUUUGAACACCAUGCUGAUGAAAGGUCCGGAUCUGUUGGUGUCGCUGCCGAAGGUGUUGUACGGGUUCCGAGAAAAGCGGAUCGCGGUGUGUGCCGAUAUCCGCGAGAUGUUUCAUCGAGUGCUGAUUCGCGACGAAGACAUCCACGCGCAAAGGAUUCUCUGGAGAUCGCAUACCGAACAGGAGCCUGAGAUAUUGUUGAUGAAAGUGGCCACCUUUGGUGCUUCUUGCUCUCCGUGUUCCGCACAGUACGUCAAAAACGCGAACGCCCGAGAGCAUGAAGAAAGAUUCCCACGAGCAGCAGAAUCGAUCAUUCAUCACCAUUACAUGGACGACUACCUCCAGAGCUUUGAUAGUCCAGAAGAAGCGGCGGAGACUGCUUUACAAGUCCGAUUCGUGCAUUCCCAAGCAGGGUUCGAAAUUCAUUCUUGGUCUUCGAACAACGAUGAAGUUUUGCGAGCUGUUGGAGAAUCCGACCCUUCCUCUGUGAAGUUUUUCGAUACUACUGAGUCCGUUUCUACUGAAAGAAUCUUGGGCAUGUUUUGGGUCCGGGCGGAAGAUGCAUUCACAUUCUCUUCCAGCCUCGGGCGUGUACCAGUGUGGCCCACAAAACGAGAGGUUUUGCGCAUAGUCAUGAGCAUCUACGAUCCCCUAGGUCUCCUGUCCCACUUUACCAUCCAUGGAAAGAUCCUUAUCCAGGACAUUUGGAGAAGCGGAAAGUCGUGGGAUGAGCUAAUUCCGGAGGAUAUCCACAAGCGUUGGGAGAAAUGGAUUGAGUUAUUCCCGCGACUGAACGAGAUUCGCAUACCCCGUGCAUACUUCCCCAGUUGGACUUCCCGCGAUCUUGGAAUGUUGCAAUUACAUGCGUUUGUAGACGCCAGCGAAUCCGCUUACGCAUGCGCCGUAUACUUGCGGGCAGAAGUAGAUGGGAUAGUCGAGUGUGCGCUUAUAUCGGCGAAAGCGAAAGUGACACCGUUGAAAACACUGACGAUACCACGGGCGGAGCUGAUGGCAGCACUCAUAGGAAGUCGCUUAAUCGACAACAUCGUCAACGACCACUCUUUGAAAAUCACCCGACGAGUAAUUUGGACCGAUUCGCGCACCGUUCUGGCGUGGAUUACUUCUGAUCUUAGGCGUUACAAUCAGUUCGUAUCGUGUCGCAUAGGGGAAAUCAUCGAGAAAACGAACCCGUCGGAAUGGAGAUGGAUUCCCAGCAAGCUGAACGUGGCGGACGAUGCAACGAAGUGGGGCGCGGGACCGGAUUUGGCAGCAGCUAGCAGAUGGUGGACGGGACCGGAUUUUCUCUAUGAGAACGAAGAGAAUUGGCCGGCUCAGAAAACGAAAUGUCAAGAACCGAUGGAGGAGCUUCGCGUAUCGAAGAGAGAAGUAGUGGCAGUGCAUCGUGAAGUUGACAGCUGGAUCUGGCGAAUCGAUUGGGCGAAUUUCUCUAGGUGGAGCAGGCUGGUUCACACAUUCGCCUAUGUAUACCGCUACGUGGGGAAUCUUGGCAGAGAAGCUAGAGGUCUCGACCUUCUGAUCGAUACUCUUGAACAACAUGAAUUGGUUGCGGCUGAGAGGUUGAUUUAUCGGACAGCGCAGAGGGAGGAGUAUCCUGAAGAAAUGGCCAUAUUGGAGUCGAAUCGAGCUGGAAAGAAGAAUCUGAAUCGCAGCAGUAAAUUGGUAAAGCUUUCACCUUUCGUCGAUGAGCACGGGGUCAUCAGGAUGGAGUCGAGGAUCAGCGCAGCAGCUUUCGUGUCAUAUGACGCUCGGAACCCUAUCAUUCUUCCCCCCAAACAUCGACUGACGGAACUCCUGGUACAGUGGUACCACGAGAAAUAUUUACAUCGUAAUUUUAGCACUGUGGUCAACGAGCUGCGACAGAAAUAUCACGUAUCGCAACUGAAAUCGGUCGUACGUCGGAUAGCGAAGGAAUGCGCACAUUGUAGAGUCUACAAUGCCAAACCAGUCGUCCCUCGGAUGAGUCCUCUUCCUGCGGCGAGACUCAAAUCAUUUUGUCGCCCGUUUUCCUACGUCGGACUCGAUUAUUUCGGGCCAAUGCUUAUUCGAGUGGGUCGCAGCACCGUGAAGAGAUGGGUGGCGCUUUUUACAUGUUUGACUGUGCGGGCGGUUCAUCUGGAGGUAGUACACUCGCUUACAACGGUUUCCUGCCAGAUGGCAGUGCGGCGUUUCAUCGGUCGACGAGGAUCUCCGAUCGAAAUAUACUCGGACAACGGGACGAACUUCUGGGGCGCUCGGAACGAACUAGUUCGAGAAAUCGAGGACAUCAACCGAAAACUGGGGACAAUCUUCACGAACUCCGCUACGCAGUGGAAGUUCAAUCCACCUUCGGCACCCCACAUGGGCGGAGCCUGGGAGCGACUAGUUAGGUCAGUAAAGACAGCGUUCUACGCCAUGUCCACUUCGAAGAACCCGAACGAGGAGACAUUUGGAACGCUGAUGGUCGAAGCGGAAUCGGUGGUUAACUCCAGACCCUUAACCUUUGUUUCGUUGGAGUCGGAGGAUCAAGAAGCGCUGACACCGAACCAUUUCAUUCUUCUGAGCUCCAGUGGAGUGGUGCAGCCGCAGACAGAAGCAGUGGACCCCAGACUCGCUACGCGCGAUGACUAUAAACACACUCGUCAUCUCACUGACAUCUUUUGGCAUCGUUGGAUCAAAGAAUACCUGCCGGUCAUUGCUCAACGUACGAAGUGGUUCGAAGAAUCAAGAUCGCUACAACCCGGAGACUUGGUGGUAAUCGUCGAUGAGUCGGUUCGGAACGGAUGGUUACGAGGCCGAAUCAUGAAGACGAUCGAGGGUGCUGAUGGACGCGUUCGCCGAGCAGUGGUGCAAACGUCAUCGGGUCCGAUAACAAGGCCUGCGUCGAAGAUUGCGCUACUGAAUGUGGUUGGUUGUAAGGCUCCGGAAGCAGACUCGCCUUACGGAAGGGGGGAUGUUGUUGCGACUUCGACAGCCCACAGUGGCUGA